AUCGUGGAGAAGAGGAGACAAGACCAGGGGCUCGAGCACUUCAAGGUCGCCGUGGGUGUGGACGGGACGCUGUACAAGCUGCACCCGCACUUCUCCCGGAUACUGCAGGAGACGGUGCGAGAGCUGGCCCCUCGGUGUGACGUGACGUUCAUGCUGUCGGAGGACGGCAGCGGGAAGGGAGCCGCGCUGAUCACAGCUGUGGCCAAGAGGUUACAGCAGCAGAGGAAGGAAAACUAGGUGGGCCUGUCCAGGGGCCACCAGAUGUGACCUCCUGGCUGACCCUCCCCUCUCCAGGGCCGAAAGGGAACCGGAGUUCUCAGCAUCCUUCGCGUCCUGGUGCUGGCUUCUUGGCGACACUCAGCGACACCUCCAUUUGCCGUACUUUGGCCAAAGAUGGGCUGACUUUUGACAUCAGAGGAUCUGGGCCGAGAUUCUUCAGUUGAGCUGACAGCAUUCGAUAGCUUCAGGUCUCUCGGCUGCUGGACUCAGAACCUGCCCAGGAGGCUGGCGGCUUACUUCCUCACCGGCCUGAUGCUGCUGCCUCUGGCAGGAGACUGGGCCCGAGACCUGCGGGUGAACCCUUGCGAGGGAGAAAGAUGCUUCGUGAACUAGGAGAGCUAGCUUAGCACGGCCUCACUUGUCAUGUUGGCUUCACAGGCACCGCGAGAACGAGAUGCACAUUCAUCUCUGCAUGCAGAGGAGCCCAGGGCCCUGGAGCCAGGAGGAAUCUUACCAGAUUCAGGUGCUCCGUGAGCACCCUGGGGUGUCAUUCCCCAGACGUGGAUUGGAUUGAGGGGUGGGACACCACUCAAGGUGCUGUCUUCCAUUUCCCGUGAUGCAGUGGGUGGCAGUCACUGCUGUCCGUGUUUGUUUCGAGGACCGUUGUUAGGUCCAUGAAACACAGUCUGAGAAUAAAGACACUUGGCUUUCCGGGAAACUUGGUGUGAGGUACUGACCUUUCUUCUGAGAGGCUCGUUGGUAUCUUCAUGUCCCGUCAGGAGAAUAAGGGAGCUGUCGAGUCAGAAGUGACCGGCUGGCCCUGCUGCAGGUCAGGAGGAUCCUGCAGCAGCUGGGCCUGGACAGCACCUGUGAAGACAGCAUCGUGGUGAAAGAGGUGUGUGGGGCCGUGUCUCGGAGGGCCGCCCAGCUCUGCGGCGCAGGCAUGGCCGCCAUCGUGGAGAAGAGGAGACAAGACCAGGGGCUCGAGCACUUCAAGGUCGCCGUGGGUGUGGACGGGACGCUGUACAAGCUGCACCCGCACUUCUCCCGGAUACUGCAGGAGACGGUGCGAGAGCUGGCCCCUCGGUGUGACGUGACGUUCAUGCUGUCGGAGGACGGCAGCGGGAAGGGAGCCGCGCUGAUCACAGCUGUGGCCAAGAGGUUACAGCAGCAGAGGAAGGAAAACUAGGUGGGCCUGC